AUGCCUGUAGAUGUUCCCGCAGGGCAAGUCACACAGAGCAGUGCGUUUGGAUUCCCAGAUCCUAUUCCCGAUGAAGUUUUCGACGCAUUUAGGUUCACUGCUGAUGAUCGCAGGGAUUUGGACACGAGCAGACUGGAUGAUGUGCAGUCACAACAGGAGGAAUCAGCAGGAGGACUUGCACCCAAGUUCACUGCAGCCAAGUGUGCAUUGAGCCUCUCAGUAGAGCAACCAAAGUUUUUCUGGGAGACUGACCCCUUUUUGCAGACAAUUUUUGGGUGUGACGAUUUGGCAGCUCCUUCUUUGAAACGCCCUGAGCUGCCUAUUGAUAUCAGUAGCUCACCUGCCGACACAGUCUGGGACUACUUGCAGAAGCCUAAGAGGCAUGCCGCUGGUGGUCUGUGUGCUGAAGUGAUCAGGCAUGUGGAGCUCAAGGACGAGAAAGACAAGAGAGCUAGCGUGAUAUCCAAUUGGUCCAGUCUUGUUUGCAUUGACCUGGACGCUUUCACGUUGGGAAACGCUUUGGGUAUGAGUCCCCAUGGCACAACACACGCUGAUGUUGAGAGCAGUUUGCACGCAUGUUUUGCGAGAAAGGCAACGAGCACAUUGAGUAAGAGGUUUUACGCUCUCAACAAGUUUGUCAACUACUGUUGCAGGAAUGGGUUGCAAUUCUUUCCAGCUCGUGAGCAUGUGGUUUUCACAUAUCUCCAGCAGCUGAACGCCGACUCUACAACGUCUCCCUCAGCAGGCCGCUCACUGCUUGAAGCACUGCGUUUCGCACGGGGGGUCCUGGGCCUUAAGGCUGACUUGGUAGAGCUUGGCACCACCAGGGUUGAUGGGCUGGCGAUUGAGCUGACAAAGAGGGCUGGUCCUAUCCAGCAAGCCGCUCCAUUAUCUGUGCAACAAGUGAUGGCACUGGAGAGGUUUGUGGCUGAAACCGAUGACCUACAAGACACGGUCAUUUUUGGUGGAAUGCUGGUCCUGCUUUAUUCGUGUGGGAGAUUUUCAGAUGGACAGAGAGCAGUCAACAUGAUUCUUGACUGCGAGCUGGGUGCCUUAGAUGUAGACGCCCUUGAGUGUCAGGGGUACAUGGAGUUGCAAGUUCUGGGGCACAAAGGAGCCAGGAGUGACAUUCUGAAAAGGACAUUUUUGCCUCUGGUCGCACCCAUCUAUUCCUUGGCAUCGGUUGACUGGUUCAGAUCGCCGAACGGAGAGGUGAUGGACCAGGAGUUGACUUCAGCUGAGUGCAGCGCCCUGCUUCGAAGAGCCCUGAAGUUGGCUGGGGAACAGGCAUCAGUCAUCAGGUCACACAGCUUGAAAACAACAGCGCUGUCUUGGUGCUGCAAGCAUGGAGUGGACAUUCAUGCGCGAAGACUGCUGGGGCACCAUCUGGACCCCAACGUGAAGUCACCUGAGACCUAUGGCAGAGAUUCCAUGGCCCCUGCGGUCAGGCUUUUUGAAGGCACACUUGCUGACAUCAAGCGGGGAAGCUUCAGGCCAGAUGAGACAAGGUCUGGGCGUUUUGUCAAGAUGCCGGACAACACUAUGGCAACAUCGGACCACGAUGAUGAGGACAAUGACUCGGACAGUGACUAUGAGCCGAGCAGCAGCGAGUCAGAGGACAGCGAUGAGGCACCAUUUGGGUUGCCCUCUGAAUCCAGCCUCCUGUGGCAUUUGGCCAUGCCUGAUUUGAGGCCAGGGUUCAUUGAAGUCCCAGAUGGAACCAUGGUGUACCGCAACAACGUUUCUGGAGUUCAGCACUUGAAGAAGGCUGGUGGAUUGAAAUUCAUGUGCGGUCGCAGGCAGAACGACCGCACUGGCGUCUGUGGCCGAGCGGCAUAUGUGACCAACUUCGGAACGCCCGACACAAAUGAUGUUUUGCCGGUUGAUGCAGCAUUGGAAGAUUUGUACACAUCGGCUUCAGUAGUGUUUCAUUUGCUACCUUUGCCUGCUGCAAGUGGAUCCUCACCUCCAAGCAAACGCAAGACGUCCGAUGACGAGCCAGCCAAAAAGCCUCAGCCCACUGGUGACACAGCAGCUGGAAACAAGAACAGGAGCUUGAAACAUCCCAUGGGCAUCCCGGGCCUCAAACAUGUCCAACGUGAGCGUGUCAGACUGGCCAAUAGGCUCUACAGAUUCACCAAGAAGUUUGUGGCAAUCCUCCACGCGCAAGGAAAUUUCGCAACAGCUGAUGAAAGCGCUUACAGCAGUGAAUUGUGUGCGCAUUGGGCGGCUGCCAUCGAAAACUACGCGCGCAACAAAGGCUUACAACCUGUCCCAGACACCAUGGACGAGAUUGGGCCACAUCACCUACAUCUUAGGGACACAGCCAACAAAGCCAUCCUCGGCGCACUGCCACGAGGCGGCAAAUUGCCUCCCCUUUUGUCCGACUUCUUGCAUGAGGUCGUGGUGCCGGUUGAUCACCACUCUUUUCUACGGCAUGCCAAGCCUGGAGCUCGCAUUGCCGACAACAAUGUGUUCCCAAAAGGGGCACGGCUGUUGCAAGUGUGGAAUGCUCAAAGUGGGGUGGAUGGUCAAACAGGUGGACAGAAUGGGGCUCUUGUUGGGACGCAAAACAGUGCAUUGCAAAACAGUGCAUUGAUAGCGAGGGUUGGCGUACCGGCAGAACCACUUGACUACGUGGCUUGGGCAGUGAAGCUGGUUCACCCCAACCUGCAACGUGUGAAAUUAUCAGAUCCACUUGAAAACGCCAUCAACAUGUGUGGCCCUGGCAGGUCCAUUGAGCUGCGAAGGGUCAGGAUACAAUGGACCAAACUCAUGGUGCACUUAAUGGAGGAGACCAAGAGCACCGAGGAGGACAUGAGCAGCGCUGAUAUGAUUGUGCGUUUUCUCUUCCGGUCUACAGGCUGGGUACUCUCAGAAGAUCCUGAAAAGGAUGUUGGCUUCCAGCAGUGCUUCGCAGCCUUGGGUGUCGAAUUUGAUCUGAGCUCAGUCCAUGAAGGGACACUGCGCAUCGGUAAUACGGCCAAGCGCAAGGCAGAGCUGCGGUUGAUGGUCGAACGACACUUGGCUGAGGACUCUCUCAGCGCUGAUGACUCCGAACGGCUUAGGUCGCGGCUCAUGUUCGCGGAGUCACAAAUCUUUGGGCGAUCUUCAAAGCUGGCUUUGCGAGCCAUAGGAUCUCCAGCUCUUAAGGGGGCAACAUGUGCGCCACUCAAUGCCGAUGUGAAAUUUGGACUUCAGUGGAUGUUGAAAAGAUUGGUGGAGGCACCACCGCGGGAAAUACGUGCCAAAGAUGGCGGCACUUUACUUUUGUUUGUGGACGGAGCCUGCGAGCCAUCCUCAGAUCACAGUACCAAUUCGGUCACCUCAAUUGGAGCGAUCCUUGUGAAUGAGCUUGGCCAGGGUCUGCACUUCUUUGGUUUGCGAUUACCCGUGGCGGUGACAGGACCAUGGUCCGGAGGGUGCAAAGAGAACCUUGUUUUCGAGGCCGAGGUGCUGCCUUAUACUCUGGCUUUGGCAUGCUGGGGUGAGACUCUCAAGGGCAAACACGUCUUGGUGUUCAUCGACAACGAUGGUGCUAGACACAGUUGGAUUCGAGGGACGGCAGAUUCAUUCUACGCUCGGUCCAUGAUCCACAGCGGGACACUGCUUGAGUCCGAGCUUGAUGUUUCAGCUUACUUUUGCAGGGUCCCGACUCACAGUAACCUUGCAGACGGACCCUCCCGUCUCGAUUUCCGAUUGUGUUGGCAACUUGGUGCAGUUGAGACAGUUGUCGACCCUACUGUCCUGCUUCGCUAUGCGGUAUCUCAGUGAAUGGUGUUGAAUGAACAUCUGGGGUGGUGACGGCAUCCUGGAGAUACC